AUGUCAACUCAAUCUGAAACUGUAUUUGUUACUGGUGCAACUGGUUUUAUUGCUCAACAUAUCGUCAAACAAUUAAUUGAGAAAGGAUAUAAAGUAAUUGGAUCAGUUAGGUCAAAAGACAAAGGAGAAAAUUUAAAAUCCUUAAUUACUGAAGCAGGUUUAGAUUCCAAUUUUUUUGAUUAUGUAAUAAUCACUAAUCUUAUAGAUAAACAACCAUUUGAUGAAGUAUUUUCUAAACAUCCAGAAAUUUCAAUUGUUUUGCAUACUGCAUCACCAGUUGAUUUUAAUGCAAAAGAUGCUAUUAAAGAGAUUAUUGAACCAGCAGUUUUAGGAACUAAACAUAUUUUACAAUCAGCUAAACAACAUCCAAACAUCAAAAAAUUUGUUAUUACUUCAUCAAUUGUUGCAACCAUUGACGUUUCCGAAGAUGGGAAACCUAAAGGUACUAUAACUGAAGAAUCAUGGAGUGGAUUGGAAACAAAACAUUUAAGUGGCCCGGAAGAUACGUUUGUCGGGUAUGGAAUAAGUAAAACUCAUGCAGGUCAAGAAGUUGUAAGAUUCCAAAAUGAAGAACAUCCAAAUUUUACAAUAGUUUCAAUUUUACCAUCAUAUGUAUUUGGUCCACAAGCUUUUGAAGUUAAAGAUAAAUCACAAUUAAAUUUUUCUGCUGAAUUAGUAAAUAAAGUUUUAAAAUUAAAACCAAAUGAAGAAAUCCCACCAUUAACUGGAAUUUUCAUUGAUGUAAGGGAUGUAGCUCAUGCACAUAUUAAAGCGUUUCAAGAAUCUCAAAAAACAAAUGGUAAAAGAUUAGGAUUAGAUGCUGGGGAAGUUACUAAUGAAUUGAUUGCUAGUAUUAUUAAUAAAAAUUUCCCAAAAGUUGAUAUACCAAAGGGUUCAAUUGAAAAAUCAAAUAAUCAAUUACAAUCUAGAGGUAUUGGAUUUGAUUUUUCUGAAUCAAAAAAAAUUUUAGGAUUUGAUUAUAUUCCAUUGGAAAAAUCAAUAGUUGAUUCUGUUCAACAAAUUCUUAAUGCUAAAUAA